AUGCCUCCUAGACGAAACGUACCUGCUGGGGAUAGCAGUGAUGUCUCGGCGAUGGACCGUAUGGCCAUGGCAAUGGAACAGAUGGCUGAGUUCAUGAUGGCUCAUCAAGUUCAUAAUCAAGCCCAAGUGCAACCACGGGUCGAUGUUACUAAAGCCAUAGCAGCUAGACAACCACCGUUUUAUGCGGGGGAAGAAGACCCGGUGAUCCUUGAAGAAUGGAUCAGAACAUUUGAUAAACUGCUAAACGCAGUGAAUUGUCCUGAGGUACAGCGAGUGUCUUCUGCAGUAUACUACCUGACUAAAGCUGCGGAUAACUGGUGGGCAACGGUUGGACCUGACCUUCUGCAAGACCCAGGAUUUGGCUGGGAGGAGUUCAAGACUGAAUUAAGAGGUCAGUUCUACACUGAACGAAUUAAGGGCAUCAAGUGUGAAGAAUUUUUGCGACUGAAACAACAAGGAACAACGGUGCAAGAUUAUCAUGACAAGGAAGCAUAUAACAGAGCGUCCGAUCAUUACCAGGUGUAUCUUGACCAGCAAGCAGUCUAUGGUCGGAGCAAAAGGAAAGCUGAGGAUAGACGAGGAAAAUCUCAGUGGGAAAGUAAGAGGCUUAACCAAGGAGGAAUUAACUCAAGGCAAGGAGAGAGGAAGGGAGGAAUAACUCCAAGGAAACAAUUUGAUUGCUUGAAAUGCGGAAGAAAUCAUCCAGGAGAAACUUGUCAGGGAGUGAAGAUCAUAUGUUACAAGUGUGGCCUCUCGGGACACAAAGCUUACGAAUGCCCAACCAGGGUAGAAGAUUAUCAGAACCGCUCUUAG